GUAAUUAUUGGGAGAGGCCAGGUGUGCGUGUGCGACUCCUUUGCCUAAUCGUGACUGACUACGGCAGCACCUUACGCACCCUCAAGUGAGCCCCCAUCGUGAUGUCUUUUGCCGACAUUUCUGCCUCUACGGAUCUGCGAGCUGACACUUUCAGUUUUACAGAGGCAGAAAGGAAGAGGAUUUUGAACGCAGCACAGUCUUUACCUUCAAUUGCACCAGCUGGAGACGCUGAGGUCUUGCACACCCUAGAGAAAUUUAAAAAGAGAGAGGUAGCAUGGUCGCUACACUCUUCCACGCUGUCAGAAUAUGCACGUGUGCAGAGAAUACCACGAGGACUGCGCCUACACAUCAAGCCGGUUUUGUUCCGCGAGGACAAAGAUUUCCUGUCCAAAUGGCAAAGUAUACUGAACCGCUGCAGCCUCGAUCUUAUAACUCUGACCGUGCAGCAACUUCAAGGAGGAUUAAAGGAGACCCGCCAGCAGAUUCACGCGAUGGAGGAGGAAUACAAGGCCAAGACCUCCAGGGAUGUCUGCAGUACGGCUCUUGCGGAACUGCAAGCAAAGAUAGACGCACUCCAACAGGAGAUCCUCCAGACAAAGCUGCGCAAAUUCAGAAGGGAUACCAGGGACUACGAAAGAGGAGAGGUGUACACAUGGAUGACACAGAGAAAGACGCAGCGCACAAGAAACCCCAGACAAUCAAAGGAUUCAGAAGCAUCUUCUUUACACUCUUCAGACUCAGAAUCUGUUUCCUGCACCUCUGGGCAGUCAUCACCGGCUUUUUUAGGCCAGCGCCAAAGCACCAUAAAAAAACCAGGAGGGGGAAAAAAACGCGAAGUUUCUCAGGCGAAGGGACAGCAGAAACUGAGAUUCUCCUAAUUGUAUCGAUUAGAAUCUAGUAGCAGGGGAAGAGUUUGUUCGGCUAGAGCAAGUGGAACGCAGACGUCUCUGAUCUGAAGUUAGCUUCUUCUUCAGAGUGUAGUCAAAGAUGUCUCAUCCAUCAUGGCUUCCACCUAAAAGCUAUGGAGACAGUGCUGGACACGUGACUGCAAGAAUGGAGACCACUCAGGGAUUUGGUGCUCCAAGUAUUUCUGUGUCUACUCAACAGCCACCUAAGAAGUUUGCUCCAGUUGUUGCUCCAAAACCGAAAUAUAAUCCAUACAGAGGUGGACAGUCAGAAGGAAAUGAUGAGGAUUUUCUUCCACCACCACCGCCACCACCACCUGAGGAUAAUCUUCAGCCCAUAUCUUCACUUGGUAACCUCCCUCCUCCACCACGUCCUGAUGAAGCAAUGUUUAAUGUUCAGAUAAACACUGGUAGGAAGACGAUCGAGGAACGGCGCUCAAGUUUAGAUGCCGAGAUUGAUUCUCUAACAAGUAUUCUUGCUGACUUGGAAAGCAGUUCACCAUACAAGCCACGUACCCCACAGGGGCCUGGGAGCAACACUGGUACAUUGACUCAUCCAUCAGGUGGGACUCUAGUGACUGGCCAUAAAAGAAUGAUUAUCCCAAACCAGCCCCCCCUUACUGCAACAAAAAAGUCUGCAGCCAAACCUCAGCCACAGUCUACUACCCAGCCUGCCCCAGCAGGUUCUCCAGGAGCACAGAGGCCACAGCCUGUGCCAGCAUCUUAUGCAACAGCCUCUACUCCUAGUCGGCCAACUUUCAAUGUUCAGGUGAAAUCUGCACAGCCAAGCCCACACUUUGUGCCACCUGGCCAACAGCUAGGCCACAAUUACAGUCCUGCUCCCAAUCAGUACUAUGCUCCUCAACCAACCCAAUCACCUGGGCCAAUGCAAUAUGCACCUCAACCUCGUGGGCAGGAAUAUAUUCCUCCUCAGCCUGUACGCUAUAUAGAUCCUGGAUAUGGCUAUUCACAGGGUAACCAGGUGAAAUAUCAAGACCCGUACUAUCAGUCUCUACCAGGUUAUGGAGGUAGGAAUGGGCCUGAGGCUCCCUAUGCCCAGCAAGGAGGAUGGAAACCAGAACCUGCUUACAGUCCUACACCUGCAGUAGGCCAACAAUCGGCAGUAGGCCAACAACCUGCAGGAUCGUAUCAGCCUCCAAACACUAAGAAGACCUAUAUCACUGAUCCACCGUAUGUGCCACCUCCACCACCCCAGACAAAGGCACCUUACCCAGCCCAAGGCUCUUCUCCAAGGCCUGAGGAUGAACUGGAGCUCCUCACUAAAAAGAUGCUGUAUGAUAUGGAGAACCCUCCUUCUGAGGAAUACUUUGGACGCUGCUCUCGCUGUGGAGAGAAUGUGGUCGGUGAAGGCACUGGAUGCACAGCAAUGGACCAAGUUUUCCACGUAGAUUGCUUCACCUGCAUGACCUGCAACAGUAAGCUGCGUGGACAACCAUUUUUUGCCGUGGAGAAAAAGGCCUUUUGUGAGCCCUGCUACAUACGUACCCUUGAGAAGUGCAAUGUUUGUGCCAAUCCAAUCAUGGAGAGGAUCUUGAGAGCUACAGGAAAGGCCUAUCACCCUCACUGCUUUACCUGUGUGGUGUGUUUCCGUAGCCUGGAUGGAAUUCCUUUCACUGUUGAUGCUUCUGGACAGAUUCAUUGCAUUGAGGAUUUCCAUAAGAAAUUUGCUCCGAGGUGUUCUGUGUGUAAAGAACCCAUAAUGCCUGCUCCUGGCCAGGAGGAAACUGUACGUAUUGUAGCUUUGGACCGUGACUUCCACGUGCAGUGUUACCGCUGUGAGGAUUGUGGAAAUCUUCUGUCUGAAGGGGAGAAUCAAGGCUGCUACCCCCUGGAUGGGCACAUCUUAUGCAAGUCCUGCAAUGCUGCACGUAUUCAGGCUUUAACUGCCAAGUCGAGCACCGACUUGUGAACGAGACGCACCUCAACUUGAAUGUAUAGAGAAGCAUUGAGGAUGUUCCUCUCUACCCCUAUGGUCUUCUGCCUUUCAUGGCCAAUAUGUUGUAGGCAGAUAUAUCCAGCUUGUGUAAUCCUCUCUUCUCAACAGUAUAUUACAAGCCAUGUUGUCUAGUUAUUUGACACAGCCUUCAUUUUCAGCACUAAAGGUUAUAAUGAAUCUCAUUUUAACCCCUUUCAGUCCAAUUGGAAAUAGAACUCCGUAUAUGAACAAUCACCCCUAGCUGUGAAUGUGAGAAAUGUCCUUGUUCCGUCUUUACUUUCAUGGUCAAACUACGUUUCACAUCCCAUUUUAUAGCCUUGAAACUGAUAAUGCUGCUUCUGUGCUUGUUCUCAAAAUACCAGCAGUGCUUUUUACAUGGUCACCCUCUUAUUUUGUAUCAGCUAUAGAAACGCUUACUCCUGAUUCACUGGCUGUGGGAACAAUAUUAUAGUACCAUGCGCACACGUUAGAGUAAUGGGCUGGUCUGUAGAUCCAACACAACAACAAAGUAUAUGUCAGAGAAAAAGGGACAUUUUUUUUUUUUACUUUUAUUCGUUUCCUUUCAUAGCUUUGCUCCUAAUAUAUAACACUUUGGCUGCAAGUGCUGCCAUCUUUUUUUACGUGAUUUGUGUUCUUAACUGCGCUUUAUCAGUGGUAUGUGGUUAUGAUUAUGCAAACAGACACUUGCCUGACCACUACUACACUGGACAUACAGAGUAGCAUUUGUAAUGCUUCAUGAAAUUAUCACAUUAUGAUCCAGACAUAUGCAGAAAUAACCAUGUGCCUUAAAAUGGUAAAGCCAUAUAGUUACAGAGUCUCACUGAGUCUGAAUUUGAGGAAUGUGUUCCAAACAGAUAUAAAUAGUAAUGCCAUGUUGGUAACCCUAGUAGGGAGGUCGGAGACUGAUAAUCAAACACUAUAUGGUCACAGUGCAGAGCAUUACUGGGUCCAUCACUGUAGAAAGUCAGUGUUGAACAUUAAUAUUGCAUAAUAUUUAACACUUUACAUAUUUUAUGUACCUACUAAGCGCUUACUAUGUUGGUGAAUUUAAUAUUCCUGCCUGGAAGUCAUUCUGCCACUUUCUCUUUCUGAAUAUUUUUCGGGGGAAAAAAAAAGUCCAUAAAUCAAAAUAAACUUUAUACUCUCACUCAGUUUUGUUAUCAGGAAAUUGAGAGAUUAUUAUAGGCAGCAAUAGAAUGUUUUAGAAAGAUGAACGACAGCUCAAAGAGCAUGGCAUGUAACAAUAUAUUAAAGAACUAAUAUAUUUUUUGUAGACGGUUUCACUGUUAGAAUAAAAAAAAAAAAGGAAGCGACAAACAUGCCAAUAUUUGUCUAUCCUUCUUUA